UUGCAGGCUGAAGGAACACCUCUGAUUUCUGGUGUCACAGCAGAUGGCACGCCGCUUUUCAACGGGAUCUUAGUAUGCCCGGAGGCGAGGCAUACUACAACUAUAAUUACCACGACAACCACCACCUACAGAAUGAUAGAAGUUAGCGAUAGCGAUUCCUUAUCGGACGAUUUUGAAAUAGUCGACGAUAAUACGUUGACGGUGGAUGUACCCCUUGUUCCUUCUCCAACAACUUCUCCUCAGUACAUGAUAGUUGGAAAAACAGAAUCGGAAGUUCCUCUAUCUCCUGUUACCAGGUCGAGGAUGCACAUUGAUCUCGACUUCCCUCCAAGGGAAAUAGUCGCAGGAACAGAAACGGAGGGGAAGACUGUAACGGAAACGGUGACAGUAGAGAAACACACAGAA